CUUAGGUGAGUGGACAACUGCAAUGUUACAUUUAAAAAGGGAGCGUUGUACAAAGGCCUUCGAAAAGUACGAGGAAUAUAAUACCAGAAUUUUAUGUGAAAAAGGUACAGACGAGGAGAAUGUAGGGGAGUGUGAGACAAAGUAUUUCACCAUUCUUUCUUGUUUAGAAAGCGAGUUAAGCAGACGAUCUACCACGAAUCACGUGUCACACCCUCCUACACCAACUCAGAGGCAUGCGAAGCUGCCAAUUAUUGAAAUUAUGCCUUUUCACGGUAAAUAUUCCGAGUACACGACAUUUCGCGAAAUGUUUAGGUCUCUCAUUGAAAAUGAUCCCACGUUAGGUGAUGUAGAAAAACUACAUUAUUUACGCUCAUUUCUAAAAGGUGAAUCAUUCGAUAUUGUUAAAAAUCUACCCUUGAUAGGCGCUAGCUUCAUAGAAGCUGUCAAAUUGCUCGACGAGCGAUAUAAUAACAAAUAUAAGAUUGUAAAUGAACACAUCUCCCAUUUACUUGAUUUAUCAAUCAUCACGAAGCCUUCACCUGCGAACAUUAGGCAGUUUGUAUCGUCAAUAAAACAAACGUUAGCUGCUCUAAAAAAUCUAGGUGCGAAAAUAGAUGAGUGGAACCCGAUUUUAAUGUGCAUUUUCACACGCAAAAUAGAUACCCAGUCGUCUCAUGCCUAUCAACUGGAACGGGACGCGAAGGAGGACCCAACGGUGACUCAAUUUCUGGGCUUCUUGGAAAAGCGUGCAUUAGCUAUGGAGAAUGCAGGCUCCCCAUCAACUACAACAAAGGCGAUCAACGCGGUGACGAGGGAGAAGCGAGGAUGCAUUUACUGUGCUGCUUCCGGCGGAGGUGAGCAGCAAGACGCCGAGCUUUGCUGCCUGCGCUCACUGCGCGGCCCCGCCGCCGCGCACGCAGUCAGCGCGUCUCCUGCCGCCGUCGUCUGAGCAGACCAGCGCGUCGCAGCCAAGCCAGAGGGAGGAGGGCGUACCUUGUAUACUUAAUACACAAUUUGGUCAUAUUAUUGGAGGCUGUUUGCCUCACCAAUCUGAGGUAACGAAUGUUGUUUCACUUUUAUGCACAAAAUGUUCUUCUGAUGUAGAGACAUCUAUCGCAAGGUUUUGGGAUAGCGAAAAAGUGCCAGAGAUCUUUACUGAAACACAAUCUGAGCAUGAUAUGGUAGAAAAGCAUUUUCAAAAAACUGUAAAAUUGGAGAAUGAUAGGUUUACAGUAGAUUUACCUUUGAAAGUGCCGAUACAUGACAUUAAUGCGACUCUAGGGGACUCCUUUGAUUUGGCGCUAUACCGAUUUUUAAAUCUUGAAAAGAAGCUUCAUAAAAAUAUUAAUUUGUUGACAGAGUACCAAAACUUCAUCCACCAAUAUGUGGAAUUGGGCCAUGCACAUUUUGUGGAUUUUAAAUCAUUAAAUUUUAACACAGAUCCACUCUACUUCCUUCCCCACCACGCGGUAAUCAAUGAAAGUAGUAAAACAACACGAACUCGCGUUGUAUUCGAUGGAUCUAUGAAAACGAAAAAGAAGGUUUCUCUCAAUGAUAUCUUACUCAAUGGUGGGGUGGUACAGAGGGAUCUUUUUGAAAUAAUUUUAUUAUACAGAAUUGGAGAUUUUACGUUCAACACGGAUAUCAAAAAGAUGUUUAGAAACAUUCUAGUCAACCCUGAGCAUGCAUCAUUGCAGAACAUCUUAUGGCGUGAUCAACCUAAUCAGCCUAUUAACAUUAUUCGGCUAGAUACCGUUACAUACGGCCUAAAAACCUCGAGUUACCUCGCCACACGAUGUCUGCUUGAACUAGCGAACUUGCACGAAACCAGCUUUCCUUUAGCUUCAUUUAUCAUUAAAAACUGUGUGUAUGUUGAUGACAUUUUGUAUUCAAGUUCAAAUUUAUCCAUUUUAUUGGAAGCGAAGGCACAGCUUGCAGGUUUGCUUAGUUUGGGUGGCUUCGAAAUGCAUAAAUGGUCGUCUAAUUGCGAAACUAUUUUGGCUGACAUACCCAUGGAAAAAAGACAGGU